AUCAAUCCUCGUUCCUCUGCCCUCCUCCCGGGCUCCGAUCAGUGCCCUGGGUCUGACCCCCGUAGCCCGGUGUAAGUCCCGUCGGCUGUGCGCUGGGGACCGGAGCCAGGGAGGCAGCCCCUCAUCCCAGCUCCAGGAAGUCAGACUGGAGGAAGGAGGGCAAACUCGAGGAGGCGGGGCUCGGUGCCACGGGGCAGCCGUGGGGCUGGCUGUCCCCCAACCCCCACCCCGCUUCAGAUCAGGGAUCCGAGCGCUGGCUGGCGUCUGGGCAUUCUCUCGGCCAGAUGGCAGAUUCCCGCCCAGAUCCUGAGUCAGAGCCCGAUUCGGUGUUCCCACGUGAGGUCGGGCUCUUCGCCGACUGCUACUCGGAGAAGAGCAGGUUCUGCUUCUGUGGGCACGUGCUGAAUAUCACGGAGAACUUCGGGUCCCGCCUCGGGGUGGCAGCGCGCGUGUGGGAUGCGGCUCUAAGCCUGUGCAACUAUUUCGAGAGUCAAAAUGUGGAUUUCCGAGGCAAGAAAGUGAUCGAACUGGGCGCGGGGACUGGUAUCGUGGGAAUCUUGGCAGCACUGCAGGGAACUGUCCACGGGUUCUCUCUCAGUGUCUACUCACCCAGCUGUGUCUGUCUGCACUGCCUUCUCUCCUGGUACGAUGCUAGACGUGCUGUGCGCCUAGCUGAGGUCAAGCCCCCCAGGCCUCAUGAGACCCGAAACCUUCUCAUCUGUUUCACGACACUGUUCAAGCAGAUACCCUGCCCCCUGCCUCUCCUGCGUUUCUGUUUUCCCUUCUCUCUGGAUCAUUCCAUGUGUGUGUUUGUGUGUAUUAUGCAUAUAAAUAUGCGACAAUUUCUCCUAUCUCAGAUCCUACACAUCCCUGCAGUUACCAUUCCAUUUCUCUGCUCAGCUUUGUGAUGAAACUCAGGAGAGUUAAUACCCACUGUCGUUCCUCUCCUCCUGUUGUUUCUUCAGUUCCGUUCCAGAACACCCCCUCACACCGCCCCGCCCUGCAACUUGCCUUCUCCACUCCAGUAGCUCCAGUCAAGAUUGGGAGCUUCACUUUGGACUGCUUGUUGUUAAGUGCAGCAGUCAGGGGACUUCCCUCGUGGUCCAGUGGCUAAGACUUGGAGCUCCCAAUGCUGGGGGCCUAGGUUCCAUCCCUGAUCAGGGAACUAGAUCCCACAUGCCGAAACUGAGAGUUCGCAGGUCGCAACUAAAGAACCUGAAUGUUGCAACAAAGAUGGAAGAGCCUGCAAUGCUGCAAGUAAGACCUGGUGCAACCAAAUAAAUAAAUAUUAAAGAGAAAAAAAGUGCAGCAGUCAGUAUGAGCCCAGCUUCCCGGACUUGGUGGCAGUUGUCACCCCCCCGCCCGUGAAACACCCCUCCUUUGGAUUCCAAGGCGCCAGGCUCCCCGGUUCUCACCUCGCUGGCACUGUUUCCAUUCCCCUUUGUUGGUGGCUGUCCCGCUUCCCGACCAGAAGUCUGGGUGCCCCAGGGCUCAGGAGCAGCCCUCCACCCGCCCCUAUUCUGCCUGCACUCCCGGCCCAAGCGCCCUUUCCACGCUGAUGACUGACUCUCCUACUGAUAUCUCCAGACUUGUUUGUAUAACCUCCAGACUACCUGAUACCUUCCUGUGGUUGUCCGAUGAACAUGUCAAACGUAAUGUGUCCAGAAGCGCAUUCGUGAUUUUCCUGUCCAGCCUGCCCCUCCUGCAGCCCUCCUCACCUAAACAAAUGACACUUUGAUCUUCUGGUUGUCAGGCCAAAUAUCUUGGAAGCAUCCUCAGCCUCUCUUUCUGAUAGUGCGUAUCUACUUUGUCAGAAACCCCCGUAUUGACUCUACCUUCAAAAUGUAUUCAGGAUCUGAACCAUGCCCUGGUUCAAGCCAUGAUCACUUCUCACCUGGGUAACUGUAGCCGCCUCCUAACUGGUUUGUUGUGACUUUGCCCCUCUGUGGUAUUUCCUCAUCACAGUAGCCAGAGUAAUCUCUUUAGAGCCAUUCUUCAAUUCUUAAAGUCAUAACGUUUAUGACAUUCUUCCAUUACAAAUUUUCCAAUAGCUUCCCAUCUCACUCAGACUGAAAAACAGACUUCUUGGUUGCUUUACAAGGCGCUGUCUAGAAUCUGACCCCUACGAUUAUUUCUCUCACUUAUUUUGCUCCAGCUACAGGCAUUCCUACUGGUCCUCAGACUUGUUAGGUGAACUCUUGCAUGAAGCUCUUUAUUCUUGGUCCUUCCGUUUAUGGCUUUUUUUUGUGGGGGGAGGGGUUCUAAGCUCUGUCAGUCUUUCCUUCCUAAUGUGUUUUACCUUCACCUCUUUUCUUUCUGUUAGUCCCUCAUUUGGUAUCUUUUAAUCUGAGAGACCCAUAGAGUUUGCCCCAUCACUUCAUACAGGUCAUUGCUCAAACAUAAUCUGCUCCCUAACUACCAGUUUGAAGCUUUCCCUAACUACCCAGUUUAAAGUGACAUCCCCUGCCCUGUCCUCAAGCAGUUCUCCUCCUCCUUCCCUGCUUCAGCAUACCAUCUGACUUACAGUGUGUUUUAUUUCAUUUUUUUGUUGCUGUUAUCUCUAGCCACUAGACUGUAAGCCUUUGGAGUGGAGGGAUUCUUGUCUGAUUGGUUCACUGCUGUAUUCUCAGCACCUGGCAUAUAGGCACAUAAUGACUAUUAAUGGAAGAAUGAAUUCUGAAUAUUUCCUGUUUCUGUAAUAAUCACCAUGAUUAUGACUAAA